AAUAGUAGAUACUUUUGUACUUUGAAUCACUUUAGAUAAAGUAAUGGGUAAUUCUAAGCGAAAGCGACGCAACUCACGCGAUACUAGUACUUCUUAUUCUGAUUCGUCUUGUAGUAGUGAGACUAAUACUCGUAGAUCUCGACAACGGAAAAGACGACGUCAUGGUCACAAACGUAGUAAAAGGCGGAGUAGAAAAGAAACGCGUUCCGAUCGUAGGGGUCAAAAAUAUUCUGAAAUUAAUUCUAAUCGUGAAGGAACCAAAACGCCGCCAAUUACCUCGGCUGUACAAUUAGACAUGUCUAACACUCCCGUAAUUAUAAAUAAUCAAUCGAAUACCGAUUUACCUAGUACCAAUAACACGACAUUUGAUAUCCCUCAAGUGAAUAACGCAAGUAGUUCAUCUGUGCCUUUGUCAUUUCCUAAUUUCUGGGCUCAAAAUAAUUUUCCUGUAGCAUUUAGUGUGGUACCCGAGUUCGACCCUAGCGAUAAUAGUCAGACGAUAGAAAAUUGGAUUAAUAAGGUCAAUGAAUGCGCUCAAAUUUAUUCUUGGAAUGAUCGACAAAUAUGUCAUUAUGCACUUCCUAAAUUGAGCGGUUUAGCCAAGAAGUGGUACAAGGGGCUGCCUUCAGUUUUGUACACUUGGGAUGAGUGGAUUCAAAAAUUAAAGCUAGCUUUUCCUUCUAACGAAAAUUACGGAGACUUACUGUCGACAAUGUUAAGGUUCCGUUGUAGGUUUGGGCAAUCUCUAGAACAUUAUUAUUAUGAUAAAAUGGCGCUUAUAAAUAAAUGCGAAAUAACCGGAACCAAGGCUGUUGGUUGUCUCAUACAUGGUAUUGACGAUAAGUUUGUACGGAUGGGAGCCGGAGCUUGCAUGUUUAACGAACCUGAACAGGUCCUUAAUUAUUUGCGCACAGUGUCACAAAAUGAAAAUAAUUCGUUUACUAACCGUUCACGUAUUCGUACUAAUACGCAGUCUAGACAGUCUAAUAUCCCUAAUAAUGAACAAACUAAAAAUAGUAGCACAGAUACUUUACGUUGCUUUAAUUGUAAUGAACCGGGACAUAUAAGUUUAAGAUGUAACAAACCUAUUAAAAGAUGUAACUUUUGCUUUAAAUUAGGACACGAUACCAAAGAUUGUCGUAAAAGGAACAACACUAAUGACGAAUCGACUAAAGUUAGUAGUGACAGGGAACAAAACAAGGCUGUUAUGUGUAUUACUAAUAAUGAUACUGAUAAUGAGAAAUAUUACAAAGAUAUUACAGUGAACGAUAUAACUUUAAGAGGAUAUAUUGAUUUAGGUAGUAAAUGUACUCUAAUGCGUAGAUCCAGUGCUGAACUUAUAUGCAAUGAAUGGGAUACCAAGAACUUACCGACCCUACAGGGGUUUGGGAAUUCUGCAGUAGAACCAUUAGGUAGGAUAACAGUUAUGUUAGGUAUUGGUACGGUUAAAGCUGAGACAGAAGUUCUUGUUGUUAGUGAUCAGUACUUACGAACAGCAAUUCUAGUAGGACAGUCAUUUACGGAAAAACCAAACGUUAUACUUUUAAAAACGGAAAGCGAAUUGCUGUUCAUAACUACACCUGAUUUAAGUGAUAAUGACUCGAAGGUUACACUCUGUGCAGACAAGGACGAAAUCGUAUUACCUAAAAUGACUAUGCCAGUUAAUGUGAUCGCUAAUGAUAAAUAUACUGGCGGAUUGUCUCUAAACAGAAAAACAAUGAAAGACAAAUACCCCAUGCCACGUAUAGAAGAUCAGUUAGACAGAUUAGGCGGUAACAAAUACUUUACAAGUCUAGACCUUUUUUCGGGGUACUACCAAGUGCCGAUGAGUGAAAACACCAAACCUUUGACAAUUUUGACCAAGAAAAAUGCUUCGUGGCAUUUUGACGAAGCUCAAGUUAAUGCGUUCAAAGAAUUAAAGGCUAGACUUACCACACGACCUGUGCUAGCGUUGUACGACCCCCAAGGCCAGGCCACGUGUUUCGAAACAUUGGAAACCAGGAUGGCAGGAGCAGGCAAGAGCUACGAAUCUGAUCUGAUAACUAUCUACACUAAAGAUUUUGCCUGCACGUUGCCUUUUGCAACAGUGUGUGGCGGCCAGGCCACGUGUUUCAUAACAUUCAACACCAGGAAACCAGAGGAAUACAGGAGGAAAGCUCAGAAGCCAAUCGAUAUAGUACAUAUACACAAUUAUGCAGCCCGACGGCACGGCGCUACUGCAGCGGGUAGCGGCCAGGACACGUGUUCUGAAAUAUUGGAUACCAGGGUAUCAGAGGACAACAGGAUAAGGACGCUCAUAGCAAAUGCAAUAUAG